CGGUCCAUUACCUGCAGAGAGAGCGCCAACCAUGGCUCCUUGGCCUGAGUUGGAAAAUGCCCAGCCUACCUCAGAGAAAUACACUGUAAAGGCUGAUGGUGAGCAGUCUGCCAAGCCUGAGAAAGGCAAGGAGACUGAAAAAGAUGACACCGGUGCCCCUAUCACCAAGAUAGAACUUGUGCCGUCUCAUUCCACUGCGGCACUGAUCGAGGAGCCCACCGAGGUGGAAGACCCCUGGGACCUGCCCGAGCUUCAGGACACGGGGAUCAAGUGGUCAGGUAAAUGA